AUGGUCGAGGGAUCAGCUACCUCCGCGAUGCAGCACACCAAGGAGGGCCGCGUCAUCGUCCGAAAUCUUUCCUACAGGGCGAUGAAGCCCGAUCUGCAGAAGGCUAUGUCUCGAUUUGGCAAGAUCGAGGAAGUCGUCCUCGGUGAGAAGCCACACAACAAACCGAACUGGCCUUUUCCCCAUGGUGGGUUCGCCUUCGUUCAAUUCUCAACUCGAAAGGAAGCAGACAAGGCAGUUGCCGCUAGCAGCUCUUCGCAAGGGCUCAAGGUCCGAGGAAGGCAGGUGGCCGUGGAUCUUAGUGUGGACACCCGAACCUACGCCAAGAAAAAGCGUGAGAGGCGUCAAAAAGAGGUAGAGGAGGCGAAGAAAGAGGAGGAAAAAGAAGAAGUGGAAGAGGAAAUGAAAGAAGAGCCACAGGAUUCUGACGAUGAUAAUAGUGAUGCUGGAGAGGAGUCUGAGGAAUCUGACAGCGAGGAGGAGGACGAGGAGCCCUCGAGCUCCAAGGCGAAGCGAAAAUGCGGUUUCGAUUUGGAUGAAGGCCGGACCUUGUUUAUUCGCAACCUCCCUUUCACGUGUACGAUACCCGAUGUUGUCACAUCGUUGACAGAGCAGUUGAAUGCUGACGGCGACGAAAUGUACAAUAAUACCAACUUCGUCAUCAACCCGUUGCGCCUGUCUAUUCGGAAUUUGGCCGUUCAUACGACUAAGCAGUCUCUCAAGCAGGCCAUUGACGAGGCUCUCAAGGAUGCUAAGGUGAAGGCGAGUACUAGGCAUUCGGUUAAGGUCAAUGUAUUGGUCGAUGAAGAGAGAAGGGUGCCGAUACCUGGUGGAGAGGAGGGAGCCACCACUAAACGCUGCAAAGGAUUUGCCUUCGCGGACUUCAGGAACAACCAAGUUGCUUUGAAGUGCCUGAGGAUGAUGAAUAACAAUAACAAAUACUUGGACUCCGACCGUCGGCCUAUAGUCGAGUUCGCCAUCGAGGAUAAGCGAGCCUUAAAACAGCUGCAGCAGUCUAAGAAGAAGCAGAUAGAGAAGAAGAAAGAGACGGAGGUUCAGAAGGAUAUCGAGAAGUCUCAUAAGGGAGGGAGAGGAGCUCGGCAGAGAGCGGCUAGGCGCAGAAGAGCGGAAGAGAUGGUAGCAGCUGAUACCAGUGACGAGGUCGCUGAGAAGGUUGAGCCUGUCAAGGCCGUCGAGGAGACGAGCGCGACCCCAACCGGUAGCGGGUCACCUCGCAAGAAGCUAGGGCCAGCGGCCAGACGUCGAGCCCGGCGUAGAGAGGAGAAGGAUGAGAAAACGAAGAAGGUGCUCUCCUCGGACCUAGCUGAGGAUCGAGAUGAGCUCGAAAGGCUCGCCCAAGCAGUCGCUAAUUCUCGGCAGGAGAAUACUGAGAAUGCAGAGUUCCCAUCAAGAGUUCGCCGACGCUCCGGCAAGAAGAGAGAGGCCGAUAAACUGUUGGAAGCAGAGCAACGGUACCUGUCUAAGGUUCGUCGGUCCCAGGAGUAA